UACAUUGGAGUAAUAUCCGACGACGUUUAAUUGAUUGCACAAUGCGGAAGCAUGAAUUAUAAAGUCGACGAGAAGCUUCAAUCCCAGAUGCCAAUGCCAAUGCCAGCACGCUGCACGAGCUCCAUGCCCCUGGGCCUGAGGCUGCAGUUUCGUGGAGUGAUGGAGGGAGCACAUAGCAUUGGUUCAGGCGCCUCAUCAGCUUAUCACGAAAUUCUCGACGUCAGUACCACCUUCGCUUUGCAAAGGAUCUUAGCGGAUCUACCACCGUCGCCAGCAUCUUCAGCAUUGGCCUGAGCAGUGCCCUAUUGUGGCCGUGUGCCCCAGUCGGAGCGGCCGUUCUUCUGUUCCAGCAUUCUGGUUUGAUUUGUUGCAUGAGCCCCCUUCUCUUCAGGAACCGCCAUGGCGUCUGAUCCAGGCAGCCAGCCGGAGGCUUCUGCAAACGGGCAGCUCCAGACCCCCAUUGAGGCUGCUUCGCAGAGCGCACAACUAGCACCUGUAGGCAAGCCCCCGACACAUCGGCCACUUACCGUCCUCCGAGCUCUGCGUGGCGUCCUGAUGCUCGCGCUGCUCGUCGUGUCGGCGUUCAUCUUCCUCACCUCCUGCAUCCCGAUCUGGGCAUUUCUCAGACUUCUCAAAUGGAGCUGGGGCCGUGGCUUUGCCUCGCACCUGUUUGGCUACUGGCUCUCGAUGUGGGUGCUGAUGUUCGAGUACGUGAACGGGACCAAGCUGGUGUUCAGCGGGGAGAGCGUGCCACCCAAGGAGCGCGUGCUGAUCAUGUGCAACCACCUGACGGAAGUUGACUGGAUGUACCUCUGGUGCCUGGCGUAUCGGAAGCAGAGCGUGGGGGCCGUUAAAUACGCGCUCAAGGCGACCGUGCGGCACGCCCCCAUCUUUGGUUGGGCGUUCCACUGCAUGGAGUUCCUGCUGCUCGAGAGGAAGUGGGAACUAGACAAGGACACCAUCCGCACCGUCAUGAGCUCGUUCCGCAACAGGAGGGAUCCCCUGUGGGAGGUGGUCUUUCCGGAAGGCACCGACUUCAACCAGAAGAAGAAGGAGAGGAGUCAGGCAUACGCGCGUGAGCACAACCUGCCGGUGUUGGAACAUUGCCUUCUCCCACGGGUAAAGGGAUUCCAUGCAUGCCUUGAACCAGUACGGGACGCUAUUGAUGCUGUAUAUGAUCUGACAGUCGCGUAUGUACCUCGGCCGCCGACGUUUGUGGACAAUUUGUUCGGGCUGGACCCGGCGGAGGUGCACAUCGAUGUGAGACGGAUUUUGCCCGCAGCGAUCCCAUCUAAAGAAGACGAAGCGAGCACGUGGAUGUAUGGGGUCUUCAAACGGAAGGAUGAGAUGCUCGAACAGUUCUACAAGAGGAAUGCAUUUCCAUCGCGUCAGAUUGACGAGGGGGAGAUCUCAAUGCUACAAGCAGUGGUGGGGUACGUUUUGUUCACGCUUAGCUCGGUAAUUGCGAUCUGGUUGCUUGUGACGAGCAGGGGGUUUUUCGCCUACGUAGUUCUAAGUGCUAUCUUCUCAACAACGUUGGUCACUCUGAAUUGGAUGCCAGGAGGCCGGCAAUAAGUCCGAUUUGAUCCGGUGUUUAUAAAGAAGUCCUCCUGUGAAGAGCCGAUGCGUUUGGGGCGCUUCAGGUGUUUGUUGAUAAGGUAAUGGCGAUGGUUCCGUGCAACCUUCAGAUUGGGAUUCGGGAUCAUUUUCCGAUUUAGACCAAGUUGAUUGGAUUCAGUUAGUCGGAUUGAGGUGUAUGCUGUGCUGCAAGGUGUCGGAAAACACUUAGGUGAAGUUUCAUAUUCGGUACUCCGAGCAUGGACGAAUGUUAGAAGUGACUCAGGCCGUGCGAUACUAUGUGCCAGCGAGCAUGAUUGAGAUUGACAUUCGCCCUGCAGCCCGAGUACGCUCCAACAGCUAUCCAAGAAAUGUAACAUGGGCCUAUAUAGUCGCG